UCAGGUUGAGGGACAAGUCUCCAGUCAGCCACACAACCUGAGGUCUUUCACAACCUCGGCACUUUCCCACCAAAGACUGAGGCGGAAGUCCAGCGGCAUGGCGUCCAAGAGCGCCACCCUGCGGUUUCUGCAAACGCUGCUCCUCAUCUUCGUUGUCGUCUCCGCUGUUUCUGCUGAGACACCGGAGGACGGUGCGUUCAAUAAGGUCUUGAACGACUUGAAGAAUGUGGCACACCGGGUCCUGGAGAACGUCGGCGUGGAGGGUCCCGAAAAGAAGUCCAUGGAGGUGACCGUGACAAACAACGAUACAGACGAGCCAAGCUCCUCCAAAGUACUGUCGCUUCUGGACGCAUUGCAGUCCUUUUCAAAGAAGGGUUUUCUCCAUGGAGGAGCAGCCGAUGGUAGUAGUGGAAGCUGUGCAAGUGGUUACCAGCGGUAUGACGGCACCUGCUACAGGGCGUAUGGAGACAGGAAGUCUUAUGACGAUGCCAAGGCUAAGUGUGCUGCUGAUGGUGGCCGCCUGGUGGCGCCAAAAACAGAGAGGCUGGACACCUUCAUCAUGGGCCUGGUACAAGCGAACGGAGGAGGCGACCACUGGAUAGGACUGGACGACAGGGCAUCGGAAGGCGUGUGGACUUUCAGCGAUGGGACACAGAUGCAGAAUUGUGACUUCAAGAAAUGGGCCCCAGGAGAGCCCAACAAUGCCGGAGGGCAGGACUGUGUGCAGUACUGGGCGGGAGCAGGCAACCGCUGGGACGACGACACGUGCAGCAGGCAAAAGAAAUUCAUUUGCCAGAUAGGGCCAGGAGACAACACAGGCUGUACCGGGACCAAUGGAAACAGCCCUGGCUACAUGAGUCUUGGCUGUUGGAAAGACAAGUCAAGCAGAGCGAUCGGGCUACUGGAAGGCAAGGACUCUCGUCUGAACGCCGAUUACAAGAGACGUAAUAACGCGCUGGGGAAGUGCUACCAAGUGGCUAAAGACCGCGGCUUCAUGGUCUUCGGUGUGCAGAAUGGAGGCCAGUGCUUCGGGUCACCCAUCGCUGGGGGAACCUACAGGAAGUACGGACCAUCGUCGGGCUGUAGAGGCGGGAAAGGAGGCAGAUGGGCGAAUGAUGUGUACAGGAUCACAGAUGCGAACCCGAAGUAUUUCACCCUGGGAUGUUGGAAGGACACAUCGAGUAGGGCCAUUACUAUUGUAGAGGGGUCGGAUAGCCGCCUGGAUGGUCAAUACAGCCGUCGACAAGAUGCCAUCAACAAAUGCUACGAGGUCGCCAAAGCUAAGGGCAAUGCCGUGUUCUCCGUUCAGAACGGUGGGCAGUGCGGGACGUCGUCCAACGCACAAAGUACCUACUACAAGUUUGGGAGAUCAACGGCAUGCAAGACAGAUGGCAAGGGAGGAGGCUGGGCGAACCAAGUCUACCGAAUCAUAGGAGCAGCCGGAUCCGGAGGUACUAGUGGAAGCUGUGCAAGUGGUUACCAGAGGUAUGAAGGCACCUGCUACAGGGCGUAUGGAGACAGGAAGUCUUAUGACGAUGCCAAGGCUAAGUGUGCUGCUGAUGGUGGCCGCCUGGUGGCGCCAAAGACGGAGAUGUUGGACACCUUCAUCAUGGGCCUGGUACAAGCGAACGGAGGUGGCGACCACUGGAUAGGAUUGGACGACAGGGCAUCGGAAGGCGUGUGGACAUUCAGCGAUGGGACACAAAUGCAGAAUUGUGACUUCAAGAAAUGGGCCCCAGGAGAGCCCAACAAUGCCGGCGGGCAGGACUGUGUGCAGUACUGGGCGGGAGCAGGCAACCGCUGGGACGACGACACGUGCAGCAGGCAAAAGAAAUUCAUUUGCCAGAUAGGGCCAGGAGACAACACAGGCUGUACCGGGACUCAAACUGUCACUAAGACUGACACUGAGGUCAUCCAAAUUCCUGCACCUACAUGUUCGGCCAAGGCCAACAUCAUCUUGAUUGUGGACGGGUCCAAGAGCGUCACUCACCUGAACUUCCCUAAUGUCCUGAAGUUCGUCCUUAAACUGGCGGCGGGAUUCGAGAUAGGUCCGAAUGCUGCCAAACUUGGAGUGUACCAAUACGGCUCGGACUUGCGCACGGAGCUUCCAAUUGGCCAGUACAACACUAGGGAGGACGUUCUGAAUGCCGUACGCAAGAUCCAGUACAUGAACCAGUGGGGUACAUUUACGGGGAAGGCCCUUGAAGAGGCAUACAAGGAAUUUCCGGCUGGCGAUGACGCAAAGAAGAUUGUCAUCAUCAUCACGGACGGGAAGGCAAUGGAUAGGGAGGUUCUGCGAAAAGCGGCACAGGAUGUAAAAGCUGAUGGUGCAAUGAUCUGUGCAGUUGGUGUGGGAGGCUUCGUGCUAAAGGAGAUAACUCUGCUGGCGUCAAGCCAAGAUCUCGUGUUUACGGCAACUGACUUUGACCAAAUGGACGCGAUCAGGGACGCAGUUCUGGAUUCCGUCUGUGAAGGGCAAGUACGCCGCGACAUCGCGUGGGAGAUCGACUCCACCCUGCAGUUCCUGAAGGAGUCGGCAGUGGAGCUGGUGGACAACCUGGGGCGCGACAUCGAGGAGGACGAGUACGUGGCCGUCCAGCUGAAGGAGGCCCUGGAUGCCCUGUUUGGGCUGGAGGCUCGGUUGGAGAAGAGGGCAGAGAACGAAGGCAGCGGGGUCAUGGAGGAUCUGCUCAAACUUGGCAAUCAGCUGGACCACAUCCGGGACAUUGCCGUGCCCCUGGAACUCAAAGAAGUUCCCGAGUUUUAAGAGAUGUUUGAUUGAUUGAUUGAUUGAUUGAUUGAUUGAUUGAUUGUUUUUUGUUUGUUGAUUCAUCCAUCGAUCAUGUAAUCUGUAUCCCUGUGAUAUUUUGUAAGACCGUGACCUCUUUCCUCAUCACCCCAGUGAUAGGUAUUUCAUGAAUAAAGAAAGUAUCAAACCUGAAACUAAAUAAAGGAUCAAGCAAGCAAUCAACAUAAAGAAGAACUGUUUUAAAUAGACAGAUAGUAGUAGCGGUGUAGUAGCGGUGCGGU